CACGUGGCGGCUCCGUGCCCGCCCGCCGCGCUGCCAUUGGUUGGGCGCGGCUUAGGGGCGUGGCCGCGCCGGCUCCGGAAGGGACGCGCGGCGGCGGCGGACAUGGAUUCUGAAGCACUUAAAAAAUACUCGGCGUUGCAUCCUAAACCUGCUGGGCUUACUCUUCAGUAUGGCACCGCGGGAUUUCGCGCCAACGCCGGGCAGCUUGAUCAUGUCAUGUUCCGCAUGGGCUUGCUGGCAGUCCUCAGGUCCAAAGCCAUCGUAUCUACUAUUGGUGUCAUGGUUACGGCAUCUCACAAUCCUGAAGAAGAUAAUGGUGUAAAGCUGGUUGAUCCUCUUGGUGAAAUGCUGCACCCUUCCUGGGAAGAGUAUGCCACGCAACUAGCAAAUGCAGAGGAGCGAGAAUUACAGAAAAUAAUAACCGAGAUCUGCCAAAAAGCAGCAGUGAACCAGCACAAAGACGCUUCUGUUUUUAUUGGUAGAGACACCAGGCCAAGCAGCGAGAAACUUUCACAGUCAGUAAUAGACGGUAUCUCCGUUCUAGGCGGUCAGUACCAUGAUUAUGGUCUGGUGACAACACCUCAGCUACAUUACCUGGUCUGCUGUCAAAACACCCAAGGGCAGUAUGGGAAAGCAACGCUGGAAGGUUAUUAUGAAAAACUAUCCAAAGCUUUUACGGAACUGAUAAAACAGUCUCUCAGCCCUGGAGAGAGUCAGAGGCACCUGAAGAUUGACUGUGCCAAUGGAAUAGGAGCCCUGAAACUAUCAGAAAUGGAGCCCUACUUUCCAAAGGAGAUAUUAAUUCACCUAUAUAAUGAUGGAACCAAGGAGAAACUCAAUCACUUAUGUGGUGCAGAUUAUGUAAAAGUUCACCAGAAGCCACCUAGAGGGCUAGACAUGAAGCCCAACGAGAGAUGCUGCUCAUUUGAUGGCGAUGCAGAUAGAAUUGUUUAUUACUAUAAGGACGCAACUGGCCAUUUUCACCUAAUCGAUGGAGAUAAAAUAGCAACUUUAAUUAGUAUCUUCCUUAAAGAACUUCUUGCCAAGGUGGGACAGACUUUAGAGAUGGCAGUGGUACAAACAGCAUAUGCCAACGGGAGUUCAACACGCUACCUUGAGGAAACACUGAAGGUACCUGUUCACUGUGUCAAAACAGGAGUGAAACACUUGCAUCACAAGGCCCAGGAGUUUGAUGUUGGCGUUUAUUUUGAGGCAAACGGACAUGGUACAGUAUUAUUUAGUAAAGCUGCUGAAACUAAAAUAAGACAACUGGCAAAAGAGGAAAAAGAUGAUGGAAAAAGAGAAGCAGCAAAGGUGCUUGCAAACAUGAUUGACCUGAUUAAUCAGACUGUCGGUGAUGCUGUCUCAGACAUGUUGGUUAUUGAAGCAAUCCUGGCUUUGAAAGGUCUGACUGUGGAACAGUGGGACACCAUCUACACUGAUCUUCCCAAUCGGCUGCUCAAAGUGCAGGUUGCAGACAGGCGAGUUAUUGACACAACGGAUGCAGAAAGGCGUGCAGUUACACCUCCGGGACUACAAGAGAAAAUCGAUGCGCUUGUGAAGAAGUACAAGUUGUCACGAGCAUUUGUCCGUCCAUCAGGAACAGAAGAUGUAGUUAGAAUAUACGCUGAGGCAGACACACAGGAGAACGCAGAUGCCCUCGCCCAUGAAGUAAGCCUGGCUGUUUACAACCUUGCUGGUGGAAAGGGAGCACCGCCCCAGCCUCUAUAACAAAUGAUACAACUGCAGCUAAACUUUAUAACUUGACUUAUUCUUUUAAUAUUACUUUGUUUACCAUUUGCUAGCAAGGAUAUAUCCAACCCUUCCUGAGAGUAGCAAGGAUUAAUCAGAACUGAGUGGAAUAUUAUUCUGCUUAUUCUUUACCUCUGUUAGCAACUUACCUCUUAUUAAAGAGGCUCUUGCUGCUGAAUGUUUUCUCCACCUCCCCCAGGUUUGUCUAGCUUCUGAAGCUGAAGUAACUUAGAGGUGACUCACUUCUGACAGUCAGCAGCCUGAUCAUGCCCAGGAGGAGUUCUGCCCCCUCCCAGCUUAUUUCAUAGGUUAUCAUCAUGCUGUGCCUGAAGUCCACCUCCCGCACCCUCAGCGCACUUGCAGUAGCUGUGUUUGACUCGAGCUCUGUGGCUGCGCGUGCAGUAGCGGCAGUACAGCACACUGCUGAGGAAACAUCAUCUCCCACCUCCCCACAGCAACUGAAUCAGCUGUGGGCAAACGGUAGAAGGCAGAGGCUGUCACUGGUCUUGAGAUUCAGCUCACCUCUGUUCAAGGGGAAACAAUAUAAUGAAAAAGAGCAUUUGCAAAUAACAUUAUUGCAAUAAUAUUAUCUUCAUUAGAUACUUUUGACAUUAUAAAUACUAUUAUUGCUUUCUAAGCAACACUUUAAUCACUCUCAUGAGGGAAGGGACAGAGACAAGUUUGUCUUCUGUGGCCCUUCUACUCCCCAGCAGUGUGAAGGGGCUGAAAUGUUUUCAAUACACAAGUAUCCGCAUAUUUCAGUUCAGGGUAGGUACCUCUGACACACUUUUUCACUGUAGUCCUAUAUUAACUCCUGGCAUGAUGGCACUUUCCGGAUUGCCGAAUAAGCACAAGUUCCAAUGGAUCAAUAAAAAAGACAAAAAU